AUUUAUUUAUACGCUACAGUUAACGUUCACAUAACCCUUAAAUCAUAUUUUAUCAUUGCAAAAUCAAACAAUAGUAUUCAACACUUUGUUAAUAUACUUAAAAAAAUUUAUUUUAUUAAUUAAAAAGUUAAUAAACCCUAUUAGUUUCGGUUAAAUAUAAAUAUUUCUUUUAUAAUGGCUAAGUAACGAUCUGUUAUUUUUUUUGUUAGAGAUGAUUCACAACAAGUGUGAAUUAACAAGGAUUUAGCUCCUAAAUAUGUAUUAUAAAUAUUCAAAUAGCGUUUGUAUUACAAGUUUUCAAAUCUGUUUAAUAUCACUACCCUUAUUUUUUAUAAUAGAUUUAUUAUAAUAUUUACAAUUAACAGUUCCUUACUAAAAUAACGUUACUCGUCUCUGUUUUGUUAAUGGGGUAUAGUUUAUAUUACAUAUAGUAAGUAGUACAUCAAGAUAGGUGGUGAGAAUGUUGGAUGUCAUACAUAAUUUUGUUUGUUUAUUUAUUUUGUCACCAGUUCAUAUUUUCGCUCCAAGUAUAACUUGAAAUAUUCCUUGAGAGUUUUCCUCAAUUCUUAUCAAGAUUUUUGAGCCUGUAACUUGUGUUUACAAAGAAGACAAGGUUGUUUUCGGCUGGAGCUGUAUCUUUGUCAGGGUAAAUGUCAAAAUAAAGUUUAAGUACUUUAUUUUCGCUUAAUAUGACAUCAAAUUUAUAGUAGUGAAUCUUCAAUUUUUUCAAAAUUCUACAGUAAGUACCUGGAUUUACUUUUGAAAAAUUUAUAAACGCUUUAGAAUACCCUAGGAUCUGUAAUGGCAAAUAUAAGACAAAGAAGUGAUUCAACAUCCUCUUCAGAUGAUCAAAUAAGUAAAAAAAUACGAUUUGAAAGUGAUAUUGACUUUAUUAAGAACUCUAUAGUAACUGGUGCAUCAAAACUCAUUGUAAGUCUUCCAAAAAUUGAUUAUAACAAACAGAGAGUUAAAUGCAGUCAUGCCAACAGCCAGGACAAUUCUGAUGCGGAAUUGGCCAUUGAUUACCGAAAAGGAUAUAUAUUACAUGAUAGAUAUAAAAUUAUAAAUGUUCUUGGUGAAGGUUCUUACGGUAAAGUAUUUAAAGUUGAACAUCUUGAGAAGAAAGAAAUGAUGGCAAUGAAGGUGGUUAAAAAUCUUAAAAAUACAGUUGAAGGAAGAUCGGAUAUAUCUAUAUUGAGAAAAAUCAUGCGGAAAGAUCCUGUGAGAUCGGCAAAGUAUUGUAUAAAAAUGUUGGAUUGGUUCAAACAUGCUGAACAUGAGUGCAUAAUAUUUGAGAUGCUGGGUCCAAGUGUUCAUGAAUUUAUGAAAAGAAAUGGUUUUCAACCAUAUCCAAUGGAUCAAAUAAGGCAUAUUACUCACCAAGUGUGCUCUUCAGUAAAAUUUUUGCAUGAUUAUAAAAUCACACACACAGAUAUCAAACCUGGAAAUCUUUUAUUUGUCCAUUCUGAUUAUGAAGUUUUUUAUAAUGAGAACACAAAGAAAAUAUUCAAAAGGAUUAAGAAAAGCGAUAUAAAACUGAUAGAUUUUGGAAGUGCUGUUACAAGUAAUCAGCCACAUCCUUCAAUUAUUCAAACUCGCCAUUACAGAGCACCUGAAGUAAUUAUGUGCUUAGGAUGGAAUGAAGCUUGCGAUGUAUGGUCCAUUGGUUGUAUGCUGCUUGAACUAUAUAUGGGUAGAACAUUAUUUGGUAUGAGAAACAACAUAGAACAUCUAGCUAUGAUGCAAAAAGUUUUUGGUCAAAUACCAUUGUCUAUGAUAAAUAGAUGCCCAGCUCCGUAUUUUCAUGAAGGACAACUAUUAUGGAGAUAUGAUAAACAUAGUUCAGAAGGCAGCAAUAUAUUCAAACCUUUGGAUAGUUAUAAAACAGCUGACACUGCGGCUCAUAAUGAAUUGUUUGACUUAUUAAAAAAAUUGCUGGUGUAUGAACCCGCUGAAAGAAUUACUGUGAAGAAGGCAUUAAAACAUAAAUUCUUUGAUACGGUAUAAACUUUGAAUUCAUUUUUGAACAAUGUGAUAAAUUACAAGUUUAUUUGACUGAAAAUAAUAUUUAUUUUGUUUAUAUGUUUGUUCUGUUUAAAAUUUUUAUUAUUUUGUGAAACAUUGAUGAAUGUUUUUAGUUGAGAAUUUUGAAUUUAUUUUGUUAUCAGAGAAACACUUCUAAUUUAUUUUUGAUUAAAGUUUUUGUAUUAAAUUUUGAUUUAUUUCAUUCGUGUUACAGUCAAUUAGAUGAGAUAGUAUUUUGGAAACUGGGAAAACCUUUUUUAGAAAUGUGUAAAACAAAACACUACAAAUUAUCUAAUAUUUUACAUGUUUACAAAAUAUACUGAAAUUUUGGUUUGCUCAGCUUGUAGGUGAGAUGAAAGUUAUUAGAAGGAUUUAGCAGAGCAGAAUAUAGUAGUAUUUCAUGAGGGAAUACUUCUUCAGUUGAAACUAGAAAACAGUCGUUUGUGUUGUGUUAAGAAUUAAAACCUUGUAAUUGUAUCAUUUUAGUGUGGUAGAAAGUGGAUUUUUGUGACAUUCCCUAAAUUGUAGUAGGCUCCUUUAGUAAGUUGUUUUGAAAAAUGGUUUCAGAACAAGAAGAAGAAAAGAAAACACAUCUCAAGGGGUGACAAUGCAUUAUUUCUUGAAGUAAUGAAACUUUAUGUUGGUGUUAUUGAAUCAAAAAAAAUGGCAAUAACAUAAAAAAAGGAGUACUUGAGACAACAGUGAACAAAACACAAGACCAGUUAAAUGUUUUAUGGAAGGAAUGUAACGCAAAAGCGUUGAAAGCAAUGUCUAGAGGAAUUAAAACAUGUGGUGAAAAUUAGGACUAUGAAAUUGAUGAAAAGACAAAAGUUAUUGUUGAAAUGAUUCCUCAAUUUUUUGAAAGCGUAUCAUUUGUGCAAGAUGAUGACAAAGAGGUGAAGGAUAUAUGCUCUCAUUUUUAUAUUAGCAACGCAUAUAAAAACCUUUUCUAUUUCUAAACAGUUCAUUGUUAACAAAAAGAGGACAUAGUAUUCUGAAUUACACCUAUGCGAUUUGGAAAACCAAGUAAUCUAUAAAAUGCUCUCUCUUUACCACUACAUUACUCUAAAGUGUUAGGCAUAUCAUAGUAUAGAGGUUUUAAGGCCUUCCAACCAUUUAUUAUAUUAUUAAAACCCCUGCCAGCUGUUCUAUGAAUAUUUAUCCCCAGCAACUAUCUGAAAGAUCCUUGGACCACAAAGAAACUGAACUCUUGGUGAUAAUGCAAAGUUCCUAUCCGUAUCAUGUUCAAGGUACGGACCUAUCAUAUAGAGGAUAUACAACACAGACUCUUUGGGAAAACCAAAUUGUUCUCGGAAUUCUCUAUGAGAGUAAAUGUCAAAGGAAUCACUCCUAUCACAAACUUCAAUAGGUGCAUCCAGAGUUAAAACACAAAAAGAGACUGCCAGGAAAGAAGAGAAAGCUCAAUCACAUUUGUCCCAAUUGAUUCUCUUAAACAUACUCCUACCAGGUGGUAGGAGUAUAUUUUAGACCGAUUACUCAUAUAUGUAAUACUCCUAUAUGGACAGUGGGUAUGGGAAAAAACGGUGCCGACAAUAUUCAUCUCUCUCGUUCGAGACGCUUUAUCUAUACUGCGCCUGCUUGAGAUUGCUCAGAACCUCGGAAGGUAGAGAAAUCGUUGCCAAUUUGUCUAUUUACUUACUACUUUGAUCAUGCUUCAGCGUAGUGCACACCUACAACAUUUUACUCUUAGAAGGAUAUUUUAAAAACUUCUUUAGUUAAUUACUCCAUAUCUAUAUUUUAGUUACUACAUUAGAAUUUAAACAAACAUUCCAUUCUUUUAGUAACAUACUAAAGAAGUAGGUAAAUUUGCUUGGUGCUCGUCACCAUUUAAGUGUAAUUUUCAAAAAUUCAAGAUUUAAAAAAAAAUAAAUGUGUUAUUCUGCUCUACCGAUUAGUAUGGAGUUGAAAUAUGUUAGCAUGCCAAAUUUGUCUAGAUAAUUGGUGGGCUAUACAGUAUAAAAGUAUUCGCAAUCUAAACUACAGAGAAAUUACUCAAUUUUUUCUUCAGGUAUAUCCAAAAAUAGCGAAACAAACUCGACUUUACCUAACCUAACAAAUUAUUAAGUUUGUUCCACUUGAUAUUUUCUAUAACAUGAAAUUUAUAUAUGUAUAUAUAAAUAUGUUUUCUCUAAUAGCUUAAAUAUCAUAAAGCUGUCUGGUCCUUCGAGCCGGAUAUAGUGUAAUAAUGACUGUUUGUACUAAAUAGUUCGUUCAGUAUUAUCUUUGUCAAAGUAAUGUGUUUGUAUAUAUGGGAAGUGCACCUGCUUGACUCUCCUUGGCAAAUAGAUGAUAGUUUUUUCUCAUUUCAGAUUUUUCUGUACCAAUUGCACAAAUGGUGUAGAAAAAUGGACCUCAGAUAAUGGGACAGGAAAGAUUCUCAUAUAACGUACAUUUUAAUAGAGAAAAACAACUGGCACACAUUCAAUGGUACUACUAAUUGUUUAAAACAAGCUCUAUGAAUCUGUGGGGUGCGAGCAAAUGACAUUGCAACUUGGUUUAUAUAUUAAAUCGAUCAAAUAGUCAUGACAUAAAAUAAAGGGUAUCUAAGAUGAUCUUGUUAUGGUAGUCUUAAGCUUCAAUUGUAUUCUGUAGUAGUAAAAUUGUGAGAAACACAAAUUUUAAAAAGACUAAACCAUCUUGUUACGUAUAAUUCAUGAAAUAAAAACUGAUUUCUCAUAGAUAAGAAAUAAA